CCCGUCUGUCUGGUUGCCAUCGGUAACCCUGCUUGAUGAGAUCAGAGGGGAUCUGCUUUCAGCAUGAGGCAGCCAGCCCUCCUUAUCCUCCUCGUUUCUCUCUCUGUCUCUGUCUCUCGCUCUGUGUGUGUGCUGAACUGAAACUUACUCCGAAGAACAGGAGUGCUCGAUAGUGACGGACACCGUAGCGAAGGACGCCACAGCAGCGAGGAAGAGUCGCCGAGGGCAGGAUCAGUAGCGAUAUCGAAUGGCUUAGCUUCUGCAAGGGAGGCAAGAGAGGGGGUUACCUCUCUGGGGAGAGGCUUCCCUCAGCAGGACUCGACCUGCUUCUGUUCUCCUCUUCUUUUUCUCCUUCAGUUCUUUCCACAAAGGAGAGCGGAAGAGCUUUUGUCACCGCUCUUCUCUUUUGGUUUGUUUUAUUUCGGCUUUGAGGAGGAACAGGAACAAGAGACAGUGGAGUUGCACAGAGGGGAGCUACGCUACUGUUACUUCUGCGUGUCUUCGUUGGCCCCUUUUGAAGGCGGAUUUGUGGCGUGAGCCUGCAACAGGAGUGCAUCAUCACCACUCCCUGUGGUUCCACUGGUUACUGCACUGAAAAUCCGCUUUGAUGAGGUAACUCCGGGGCGACGGAGGACCAAACCGACCCAAACUAACAGCUUCCUCCCCCUUUCCACUCCCCCUUUCUCACCGCCACCAUGGGCCAGAAAAUCUCUGGCGGCAUCAAGUCAGUGGACAAUCGCGGCGAGGGCGGCUCACCCUCGUUCCGUCCCUCGGCCCACCGCCGGCUCCUCCACCCCGAGCUGCGGGGCCCCGACUUCCACAAGCCACCCCGGUUGGACCUACUUCUAGACAUGCCCGCCGCGCCUCCAGACCUACAGCUCCGCCACGCCUGGAACCCAGAGGAUCGCUCGCUCAACGUCUUCAUCAAGGAGGAGGACAAACUGACCUUCCACCGCCACCCCGUAGCCCAGAGCACCGACUGCAUCCGCGGCCAAGUGGGCUACACGCGGGGACUUCACGUCUGGCGGCUCCACUGGCCAGUGAGACAGCGAGGAACACAUGCCGUGGUGGGAGUUGCCACCGCUGACGCCCCCUUACACUCGGUCGGCUACAUGGCGCUAGUGGGCAGUGACUCAGAGUCCUGGGGGUGGGACUUGGGCAGGAACCGACUGUACCAUGACAGUAAGAACCGGGCCCAGGCUUCCCUACCUUCAUAUCCGUGUUUCUUAGAGCCAGAGGAGGCUUUCGUGUUGCCGGACGCUCUUCUAGUGGUGUUGGAUAUGGACGAGGGCACGUUGAGUUUCACGGUGGACGGACAGUACCUGGGAGUGGCGUUCAGAGGCCUGAAGGGGAAGAAGCUGUACCCCAUCGUCAGCGCUGUGUGGGGUCACUGCGAGAUCAGCAUGAGAUACGUCAACGGACUGGAUCCGGAGCCCCUCCCCCUGGUGGACCUGUGUCGUCGGGCCGCCCGGGUCGCGUUGGGCCGAGAGCGCCUCCAGGAGAUAGAGACCCUGCCCUUACCACAGUCUCUCAAAAAUUACCUCCAGUACCAAUGACCAGACCCGUACCGCCUGACCAGACCCCUACCAAUGACCAGACCAGUACCGCACACCACCAACUGGGACCAUCCGGACAGAAACCAUGAUGAACUAAGUGUAAUGGAAGAUGGAGAGAACAAGAGGGGGGUUGAAUGAACGCCGGCGGACAACGGAAGCGGAAUGUUUACACUGUGGGCUGUAGCUCUGCGAUUAAUGGAUGGAAACUUGAGUUCAGAUUUUUGACCGGAGGAUGAUGGAUACUCGAGUAUCCGGGUUUUGACCCAUUUUGGACUUUUUUAAUGAUUGAUGGCUGUAGCUCUCUUCCAAUGAAUACCCUAUUUGACAGAAUGGUAUGAUCCACAGUCACUUUUAAGUAUGGCAAUAAGUGGUGGUUUUAGGAGGCUACCUGCUGGUUGGAGUGAGAACUGCGCCUAGAAAGCACACAAACUAUCCCGGGAGGCUUUGGAACUCAGAUCACUGCUCCUGGAUACACUAUACCCAAGGUCUCCUACCAUGUCAGUCCAAUCAGCAGACAGACACAGGACAUUUCUACAGGGCUCAAAUGUGUUUGAGUCCAUUUUGCGUUCAACGGGCCUGGAGCCCACUGGUACCAUACAAUAUCUUCCCCGCUGUGUUAAAGGACCCAUUAAAGGACUCUGCCAGUUCUAGUCUUACUAGAUCUAGGAAAACCUAGUUUUUCUGGAUCUACAUCAAGUAAUACAAGGGGAAACUGUAGUACACUACUACAUGAACAAUGGCACAGCAGCCAUUUGGGGAGGGGGGUGGGUUCAAGGAUGGUUAUGGAUGACCACACACACACCUAGCAAUCAUUCUUUUUCUCAAAAUGCUUGAGUCACUUUUGUUAUUUCUAAGUUUGUACCCUAUAUUUUAUAGUGAGUGUGGAUUAUAAUUUUGAUGACGAUGAUGAUAGGAUGAUGAUGAUGUUAUUUAUUUAUCAUGAUGUAGUUCCUUUUUUAAAUUGAUCAUGAUGGUUACGUUCAGGUAAAUAUACUACACCAAUAUGGGAGAUGAUGAUCAGCUCUGUCUCCCUAAGGCUUUUCUUAACAGGAUGCUCCUUUUGUUAUUAUGAUAUGAUCGCUGAUGGUUUUAAUCUAUAUCUGCCUGCUGGGAUGAGACACCAGGGUCAUACUGGGGCACACAGUGGAAUGUAUGGACAGUGAUGUCAUUAGCAGAUCUGAAAUGUGAAUAAAAGCAAAGUGAAUGAAAAA